AUGUUGAGGUUCGCAAGUAUAUUGUUCCUUUUUACAUUUGAAAAUGUGUGUGAUUGUGCAAAUAUUUUAGCCGUAUUUCCUACUCCAUCCAUAAGCCAUCAAAUAGUGUUUCAACCUGUGAUGCAUGAGUUGGCUAAGCGUGGACAUCAAGUUACAGUCAUAACACCAAAUCCAGCAUUUCCAAAGGGGCAAAGCCCACAAAAUCUAACAGAAAUUGAUGUCCAUGAUAUAUCCUAUAAAAUAUGGGAAGAAUUCGUAGCAUCUGAAAAAGGACAAGAAAAUGAUGCUCAACAACAAAUUAAAUUUAUUUUUGAAAUCUUAAAUUCUGUGUUUUUAGAACAAUUAAAAUCUUCUGAAGUACAGAAGCUUAUUUUUAACAAAAAGAAGACUUUUGACUUAUUAUUUAUUGAAACAUGUAUAAGACCAGCUAUAAGUUUUUCAUAUAUUUACAAAGUGCCAGUGAUACAAAUGAGUUCACUCGGUGGCAUUUAUGGAACUUUCGAAUCUACUGGUGCUCCAACAAAUGCACUCCUUUAUCCUCUACCAGUCCGUCAAAAAAUAAUCAAUUUAACAAUUUGGGAGAAGAUAUCAGAAUUACGUACUCAAUAUAAUGGAGAACAAGUGUAUGAAGAGUUAUUGAUAUCCGAAGAUAAAAUGCUAAAGAAUAUAUUCGGUCCAGAUAUACCUGAUAUUAGAGAGCUACAAAAAAAUGUUCAAAUGCUAUUUUUAAAUAUUCACCCUAUAUGGGAUUUCAAUAGACCUGUUCCCCCAAAUAUUAUAUAUUUGGGUGGUUUGCAUCAACACUCACCAAAAAAAUUACCACAGGAACUACAAUCUUAUCUUGAUUCUUCUGAAAAUGGAGUUAUAUACAUGAGUUUCGGUACAAAUGUGAAACCGUCAUUGUUACCGGCAGAAAAGAUACAAAUAUUUGCAAACGUUUUUUCCCAAUUGCCCUACAAUGUUCUAUGGAAAUGGAAUACUGACGAGAGUCCAGGAAAAUCUGAGAAUAUCAAAAUUUCUAAAUGGUUUCCUCAGGCUGAUUUACUAAAACACCGGAAUGUAAAGCUAUUCAUUACACAAGGAGGUCUACAAUCAACGGAUGAAGCUAUUACUGCAGGUGUACCUUUAAUUGGCGUACCGAUGCUUGGAGACCAAUGGUUUAACGUAGAACAAUAUGUAAGACUAGACAUAGGAAUCAAACUAAACCUACAAACCAUAACUGAGGAAAUCUUGAAAAAUGCUAUAGAACAUAUUAUUAACAAUAAAAGCUACCGUCAAAAUAUUAUGAAACUACGGGACAUAAUGCACGAUCAACCCCAAACACCACUAGAGCGUGCCGUAUGGUGGACAGAACACAUUCUUCGACGUGGUGGCGCCUCACAUCUACAGUCUGUUGCUGCUCAUAUGCACUGGACCGAGUACUAUUCAAUAGAUAUAAUAUUAUUAUUAUUGAGUUUUCUAGUGAUAUUUUUGAUUUUAACAAUAUUUACAAUACAAUUUCUAAUGUCAAAACUACAAUAUAUUCAAGUUAAAACGAAAGUUCAU